AAAGCCCUCUGGGCGGGAACGGGAGCGGGCAGCGAGGGCCACAGCACGAACGCGUUCUAACGUUCCUUCGAGCGAUCGAUCGAUCGGGUUCGGAAUUCAUCGCGCUAUCGAGGGAUUUGAGGGUUUGAGGAUCGAGGCUCGAGUCGGAGGUGGAGCAAGCAUGUCCGAGGUCGAAGGUCCUCGAACGCCUCUACAGAGGGAAUGUGCCGCUUCGGACUUUGGUGCUCGGCACGCGCAGCGAGUGAGGGCGAUGCUGGACUCCGGGUCGGACCCUAAUGAACUCGACGGCUUUCAGCGAUCCGCCCUCAAUUUGUUGUGCUCCCAGACCGGCCACACGGAGACCGUUCGCCGUUUGCUCGAGGCUGGUGCGGAUGUCAUGUCUCAGGAUAUGUGGGGCAGAUGAAAGAGUCUGUGGAUGCAAUUAAGACUUGACUCCUUUGCACUGGUGCGCUGAUCGCGGAUGGCUGGAAUCUGCCCACUUGCUUCUCGAGAAGGGUGCAUUAGUCAAUGUCACCACCAAGAAUGGCGAUAGUGUGCUUCUGUGGGCAGCCAAAGCUGGACAUCCGUCUCUGGUUGAGCUAUUUCUAAAAGCAGGCUGCGAUCCUUUACUGAGGAAUAAUCGUGAUGAGCGAGCUUUGGAUGUCGCAAAGGAUGAUGUGAUCAGGGCGCUUCUUACUUCGAAACUUGAAGAAUCUGAAGACAUCGACUUCAGCUCACCAUCCUCGUCGCCUCAGCCAUCACCAGUGAAGGAGAUCAAACGUCAGCCACUACCGUCCGUGGCAGGUCUUCAGCAUCCGCCUACCCAGGCUGGAGAGAAAACUGACAUAAACCUUGAAGAGGUGAAGCCUUCGAGUACGAGCUCUGUUCCUACUAAUUCAGCUGCGUUUUCUUCUUACAGUAAGCAUUCAGUACCCGGCCCUGGGCCUAAGAAGCUGAAAAUCACUUUUAAGAAGAAAUGAUAUUUUAUGGGUCGAUCAAUCUAGUACAUGAUUGCCACAGUAGGUGAUGUACAUAGUUAUGUCUGAAAUCUGUAGAGGACGGAUGAUUCAAUUUACCUUUUUAAUUGAUACUCCUUGGGAGUAAAGUUUACCUCUGAAUUCGUUUACGUUUCAUUAACGGGUAUUCGUCAGCAAGCACAACAUUUCAGCCAUGUGGAAUCUACUUACGACCUCUCUUUUUGUUUCCUGGUAUUUUGUAAGAUGAGGCACUCAAGGUUCAUUUUUGUUAUACCGUAGUUGCAGAAUUUGUUCACCACAUUGGUGAACAAAUUCUGUGACUCUUAGUUUAGAUUUUCUGAUGUACACCCAAUGAUUCAUGUAUCGCUUCGUGAUGACCUGAUCAACGAAGCGAUACAUACGUCAAUAAAUCACCUGUUACCCUAAGGCUCAAUGUAGACCACGUUUGACAGCGGCCGGAUCUUCGGGAGUAUGGACUGCAUUGUGAAAGGUUUGAAUCUCGCUGAAAUUCCGCGAAACUGUAGGAUGAUAAUUUUGAUCAAGCAUUCUUUGAGUUACUCCCCGGACACCUGACUAAGCUUUAGUGUCUGCAGGGUAGUCUUACUUCAUACAUAAUAGAAUAUUGUAAAGGCCGGCCACCAUGAAUAUCCAAGCCGGUAAAGGCGGAGCGCGUCCUCGAAUGUUAAUGUGCUACUUAUGUGGUCGCGAGUUUGGAAGUAAAAGGUUUGUGCACUAUGCAUAAUGUAUACAGUAAUAAUCUCAUUUCUAAGUGGCAACAUGGAGGCUAGACCUUCAGUCUAGCAGAGGUAUCGAAUUUCACCGCUCCUCACCGCGAGGAGGUUCGCGGAGCGCCAUGUUUGCGUUUUCUUCUUACAUCUACGAACGGGCUCGUAUGCCAUCAUUCAAAGGGUCUUUUUGUUUUGAAAAUCUCCAGAGACGACACCGUUAGCUGAUACUUUCAGCGCCUGUGUGCUUUGAAAUGUGUUUUUUAAUUUUUUCACCGAUUGAUGUUCAUCGAUCGUUGAGCUGUGUUACCUUUCAAAAGUGGGAGGAACUUGCUCCCAACGCAUUCUACUGUAUCCAUGUUUUACAACGAGAACAGUAAUUCUUAUUAGCAAGUUCUAACUGAAAAAAAUUGUACUAAAAUCGCUGGAAUAAGCACUCCCUUGUCUCACUGUAUGUAACCUACUACGAUGGACUUGCCCGAUGAGACGUGCAUAUCGUACACUGCGUCUGGAUAGCGAUUAUUAGGAGUCACGGCUAGCAAACUGAACACAAUUUCCAGUGAUGCACCUAUAACCUCGUCAUUGUGAUGCUUUGAACGAAUGGGAGACGCAGCUUGCCGAUUCAUUUACCGCAAUGUCAAAAGAAGUGGAUCGAUGCGGAGUCACUGAAACCAGCAAGAGAGCAACGGCCAAUGCCCGAACCACCUGCCGUUGAAGUUCCAAUAAAACUUGGGGGCAAGCCCCAGGUCAUUGACGACUUCAACGAAGCCGCGAAUAAACAAUUUCUAGCAUCGCUAGAGCAGUGUCCUUACUGUAAGCGCAAGUUUGCACCUGAGCCAUACAAGCAUCAUCAAAGAAGCUGCACCGCAAGCAACCCAGCAAAACCAGCUGGAACCGCACUUGUUUCAACAUCAUUGUCAAACAAUAAGCGAUUGCAACCUUACACAGUGAUUUCUGGAUCCAAGAAAUCUUCCAUAUCAAGUGGGAAUACCUACUUUGACCCUCUUGCUUUGCAGCAUCGAAAGUGUCUGUUUAGGUGUACUCGAGCCAUACAGAAAAUUCUGUCACACCUUUGCUUCACUCACGCCACGAAGCACCACAAACAACGCCCAAGAAUCAGAAACUAGAGAACUUUUAGGAACCGGACGUCUGCAGCCAGGCUUGAUAAUUUGAAAUUCUGCUCCGACUGAAAUUCACUGUGGAAUAAACAAGGACUCUAAUCAUUAGGCUGGUGUUAGCUAGAUACAGUUACCUUAAAAGAGUACGAUUUGGUGUUGUAAACGUAGAGUUGGGCUUAAAGGUCUGAUCUGCAGAGUUUCAAAGUUUCGAUUUGGCUUGAUCAGAGCCCGUCGUUGCUUCGAAGCCGCAAAGGCAGCCAGAGUUGAAGAAGAUGAUAGCAGAGGCUCGUUCACAAAAGGGCAACAACGCAGGGCCAGGUGGAGCAGGAGAAGGGACUUCUGCCUCUACUUCCAAAAUCAAGACUAAGCCUGCGGCUGCUGGGGCCAGUGAGCCUAAAAAGGGCCCAUCAGAAGGAGGUGGAUUUUGCGAUGAGUGCGGAGCAACGUACGGUCGAGCCGAAGCUAAAUUUUGUUCAAGUUGUGGAGCCAAAAGAAAAUCAUGAAAUCAGAUUUUACACUCCAAACAUGCAUCAAACAGAGUAGUCGGAGCUCGAGCCAGUCGAUGUCAAGUAACAUCCUCCUCGGCAAUCAAGUCAGUUGAGCUAUGAUAACGCGACUCUUGAGUCCAAUUCUGCUCCCAGCUUCGAUGGCCAACUUCAUCUGUCACAAAGGAUCAAAUAAUACUUCUGACAUGGACCCCAUCGGUGAAUAAUUCGUCUAAGUCAACGUUUCGAGUAGAAUUCCAGUCACAAACAAAAUUGUGGGCAGGUUGUGUAUCGCGUGCUCCUAAGUAAUAGAGGUUAACAGAACAGAGAGUCAGUCCGGCGUUGUCCUACUGGUCGAUUUACCUUUAAUAGCAGGCAUGACACAGAAAUGUCAUUUGUAAUAUUAUUCUUACGUUCCUAAAAGGCAGGUUGACAUCCUGAAGGUGUGAAUCGAACCACAUCAUACAAUUU